AUAACAGUUUGGCUAAUCCACUCUAAAACGUUUUGUUAGGUUUUUAAAUACUUUUAUCAACUUUGUAUCCAGCGCAAGAGAUGCAGAAGUAAGGUUUAAUCCUCACAAUAGAAACAGAAAAAGAACAUCACAAAUGAGGAUCACAGUACAGGUUUUGAAGCAGAUGCUACAAUGUAACCGCGUGAGAUCAAUGGGCUUCCCAUCUGGUCAGUUCUUACGUGUGGAUAACUUUUCAAGCAGCUGUCAAUGGCGAACACGCAAAAAGGUCAGUCAGUACAGCACAGUGGACACAGAACGGUACUCAUCACUGGUACGGCCGGUUGUAUCCUCAAAAACGAGCUCUCAGACUCCUGAAAGCAUUGUGGAUGAGGACUGUCAGCUGUACGGACCUGUAAUAAGAUCAAGACUACCCUCACAGGAGCGCAGAGUGCCUAAAAACCUGCAUCCACUUCUAAAUCAGGCCAAAGUUCAAUCGGAGUAUGUGCCGGGACAUUUGGCUCGUAUAAACUUACAGAAAGACUUUAAUAAGCCAUCUAUGCCCAGUGUGACCAAGAUCCUACAGAAGACCAUGCCACCUGAGCAAGCCUUUUACCUGGAGAGGUGGAAGAAAAGGAUGAUUGCUGAGCUCGGGGAAGACGGGUUUAAAGAAUAUAGCUUGAAUGUUUUCAAGCAAGGAAAGCUGUUCCAUUCUGCCAUUGAGGAAACUUUCUCACAGGAAACCCCUUCUAAGGAACAAUUAGAGUGUCCAGAAUUGGUGGCCGGAUUUUUAGAUAGUGUAUCUCAUGUGCUGAAUGAUGUCACAGGAGUGAGAGCUAUUGAGAGUGCUGUGCAUCAUUCAACAUUACAGUACCUGGGCAUAGUAGAUUGUGUCGCCCAUUACAGGGGUUCAUUGUGUGUCAUCGACUGGAAGACCUCAGAGAAGCCUAAACCCUUCCUUCACAAUACUUACGAUAAUCCAUUACAAGUAGCCGCAUACAUUGGAGCCUUGAAUGGUGAUGACAACUACAGUUACCAGGUAGAAAAUGGGUUAAUUGUGGUGGCCUACAAAGAUGGAUCACCAGCACAUGCCCACUUUCUGAACUCAGAGCAGAUUAUGGCAUUUUGGAAGAAAUGGCUACUUCGACUAGAAGAUUAUGCUGAAAAAUAAGAGACCUUCUGAUAGUAUAACAAAAUCAAGCAGAUGCUUUUGAAUGAGGUCUACACAAUGUGUAGUUUAACUGUAAAUGUUUGUUUAACAUUUGAUACAAAGAAUAAACUGUUGUUUUUACAUAUUUAAAUCAAGUAAUGAGUUAAUCAAUUUUUGGUGUUGAUGAUGGAUGGCCUUGUGACCAUUC